UGCAAGUCGAACUUGGUCGGGACGCGCGUCCCGAGAGGGAAAGUCAGAACCGCCGCACGAGGGAGUUCGCCGGGCGAGCUGGACGGCCACGCCUCCUCCCGCCUCCCCCCGCAGCCCUGUAGCUGGGGGCAGAGCUCAGACUGUCUUCUGAAGAUUGAUGUCUAUUUCCUUGAACUCUUUAAUUUUGUUGCCAAUUUGGAAAAGCAUGGCACACAUCCAGCAGGGAGGUCCAGAUGAAAAAGAAAAGACUACAGCACUGAAAGAUUUAUUGUCUAGGAUAGAUUUGGAUGAACUAAUGAAAAAAGAUGAACCGCCUCUUGAUUUUCCUGAUACCCUGGAAGGAUUUGAAUAUGCUUUUAAUGAAAAGGGGCAGUUAAGACACAUAAAAACUGGGGAGCCCUUUGUUUUUAACUACCGGGAAGACUUGCACAGAUGGAACCAGAAAAGAUACGAAGCUCUGGGAGAGAUCAUCACAAAAUAUGUCUAUGAGCUUUUGGAAAAGGAUUGUAAUUUGAAAAAAAUCUCCAUUCCAGUGGAUGCCACUGAAAGUGAACCAAAGAGCUUCAUCUUUAUGAGUGAUGAUGCUUUGACAAACCCAGAGAAACUGAUGGUUCUAAUUCAUGGUAGUGGCGUUGUCAGGGCAGGUCAGUGGGCUAGAAGACUCAUUAUAAAUGAAGAUCUGGACAGUGGCACACAGAUACCUUUUAUUAAGAGAGCUAUGGAUGAAGGUUAUGGCGUGAUAGUACUGAAUCCUAAUGAAAACUAUAUUGAAGUAGAAAAGCCGAAGAUACACUUACAGUCAUCUUCUGAUAGUUCAGAUGAACCUGCAGAAAAACGGGAAAGAAAAGAUAAAGUCUCUAAAGAAACAAAGAAGCGACGUGAUUUCUAUGAGAAGUAUCGUAACCCCCAAAGAGAAAAGGAAAUGAUGCAGCUGUAUAUCAGAGAAAAUGGUUCUCCUGAAGAACAUGCAGUCUAUGUGUGGGACCAUUUUAUAGCCCAAUCUGCAGCUGAGAAUGUGUUUUUUGUUGCUCACAGUUAUGGAGGUCUUGCUUUUGUUGAGCUGAUGAUUCAACGAGAAGCAGAUGUAAAAAGUAAGGUGACUGCUGUGGCGCUGACAGACUCUGUUCACAAUGUGUGGCAUCAAGAAGCUGGCAAAACCAUUCGAGAAUGGAUGAGAGAGAACUGUUGUAACUGGGUCUCCAGUUCAGAGCCAUUGGACACAUCAGUGGAAUCCAUGCUUCCCGACUGUCCCCGAGUCUCAGCAGGGACCGACCGUCACGAGCUAACUUCGUGGAAGAGCUUCCCGUCGAUUUUCAAAUUCUUUACCGAAGCCUCGGAGGCCAAGAGCAGCUCCCUGAAGCCGGCGCUGACGCGGCGCUCGUACCGCAUCAAGCACGAGGAGCUGUAAGAGGAGAGCGAGUGCGACGGGGGAGGGUCGCCCGAGCCCCCCCCCACCCACCCUCCAGCACGCACCCGCACGUCUCCGAAAGCGCGCGCCGCCGCCGAGCAGCCUUCCAGCCCCUCAUUAGAUUGUUUUCUUCCCAGAGCACAGGGUCGUGCUAUAUACAUCUAAAUAGCGUUUUGCAUUAUUUCUAGAUGAGUGCAACUGUCAAAGCAAUAUGGGUUCGCCGGUCGGGCUUCCUGCGGGCCGAGCCUGGCUCCGCGCUGCCCGUCAGCGCGCAGAUUAAGGCUGACAGCGCCCUGCCCGGCGCGGCCCGCGCCGCUCUAAUUGCCCCGGCCGAGCCCGCGCCGGCCUAGCCGGCCGACCCGCGCGGCGUCUGCGCGGUCCUACCGCCCGCUGCUGCGCCGCCGCCGCCGCCCGCCCCCACUCCGCCCCCCUUAAUCCCGGCCCUUUUGCUGCCUCUCGGCACAGAAGCAAACUCUUCUUCUAGUCUUCAAACUUGCAUUCUUGCAUUUUGAGGUCGGCUUUUUCCCGUUGGCGUCUUACGCCUCUCUUUUUUUAAAACAAGCUGCCCCCCUCCCCCGCGUCCUUCCCCCCCCAUCAAGCAAAGCCAAAUUUAAAUUCAGAACAUGAAUGCCAUGAUAUACUAGAUAGUUUGCGGAGUGCAAAUUAUUCCCUCCCGGAUUUAUCUGUGUUCAUUCCGAGACUAGAACAACUUUGCAUAAAAACCGCUAAAGUCCUGACUCAACAUUGCGGCUUAAAAAAAAAAAAAAAAGCAACCUUGCCUUUUCACUGAGACUUUUACUCUCCUUUCGGGAGAAGUGGUUGUAACCAAAACCAAACGAUGAGCCAAUCUAUUUAAGUACAUGUGUGAACGUCUCAUAUUUGAAGAAAUUCCCAACUGUAUCAUUAGAAUUGACUUUACUUUUUAAAAAUCUAUAAUGUGCGUUGAAUAGCGUUAUGAUUUACAUUCCAUGCUUCAGUUUGGCCAGUUGAGUCUUAAAGUGGAGAAAGUUUGUGUGGAUCCUAACUAGAAUAAUCUAUUCUGAACUUUCACGGACUUAAAACCUUCUAGGGAUAGAACUUUAUAUUGUCACCAGGAAGAUGAACUUGCGUAUUAAAUUGCAUAGUUCACUUCAUAGUUCAUUUUCCCUGUGAAAGAGUAGGGGGAUGAGGGAGGCUGAGAUGGUUCUUUUCGUUUCUGCACCAACAGAAAAGCAAAUACCUGGCGUGAAAGAUUUUUCUCCUCUCAAUCCAAUAGUAUCAUUUAUAGUAUUCCACUUUCUUUGUAGGGUUUGCCCUACUGUUUCAACUUUUAAAUCCAGCUCAGAUCUGAUCAACACUGUGAAAUAUGAGGUAAAAUAAGGUUUUCUGACUUUUUUCAUUCAAAUAUUAAAUAUUAGCUAUCAAUUUUUAAUUACUUGAAUAUAAUUACUUAGUGAAGAUUGUUUCUAAUAGAUGAGGAUCUGAAUUUAAUAUUUUUUCAACCUUUUUUAAAGUGAAUGCAACAAUUAACAUGCCUGCCUUAUUUGAAGAUGUGAUAAAAAUGUAUCCAAAAUGACUUAAGACUGUCUGAUUCCUAAAAAAAAAAGAAAAGAAAAGAAAAACAUAAAGUAACCACCUCAUGGAUAAAUGUUUUUAUAUUAUGAACUGAUUACCAAAAGUUUUAAAGUUGAUAAUUCUUUAUCUGUGUUUUGGUGUACAAGUACAAUUAAUUAGUUCUUUUCGUUGAAUGAUGGCAAUGAAUGUGAUCUUUUUUUCAGUGAUUCUAUAUGCAUAUCUUUCGAUGUUAUUUUUACAGAAACAACACAAAAGGAAAAAUCAAAACAUCAUUUUAUCAAGCUCCUGGAUGACUUAAAAUGUAUACCCCCCCCCCAACAAUGUUUAAAGCACGCUUUGGUCUCCAAUCUUUUCUACUUUAGAAGUAGUGAACUGUGUAAAAUAAUGGUACCUUCUUCCUUUAAGAGAAUUUGAGAAUUGAUGUGGAAAGAAUAUAGCCUUCAAAAUGUACUAUAAGCUGUUUUCAACAUUUGAAAAAAAAUGCAGGAAACUAAUUUAAUUGCAAUUUUAAAAUCACUUAUGCGAUGUUGAAAAUUUAUGAAGCUUCUGCAACUAAAUUAGAGCAAAGUAAAUAUGCUCAGCUAUCAAACUAAAUCACUCCUAUUCCUUCUCCAAUUCUCACUUCUUUUUUAAAAAAAAAAACUUUAUUUGUGACUUAAGUGAUUCACUGUUUAAUUGCCUCUAAUACUUUUGCAUCCACCUUGUUUUAGGCCUUGUUUAACUAUCUAUAGAGAGCUAUUUGCAAACUUAAGUUGUGUAAAUGUAAUUUCUACUUGUGGAUCUGAAGGAUAACAGCCCGGAGAGAUCUAGGCAAAUCAUUCAAGACCUCCUACUGAUAACUGAUAAGAUUCUUUGUAUAGUGGGAUUUUUAACCUGUUGAUUAUGGGGCUGUUGGUAUAAAUGUAAUAAUAUCAUUCACCUCAAUUUUCCUGAUACUGCAACAAACAGUUGGGAGUAGCCCUCCUGCUUGGAGGUGACAAGUGUUAACAAUAUUUCUGCUCUGAUCUUCUCCCUGUCUGAUUUCCUUUAGACAGGUUUUUAGGGGCAAUAGAGGUUUAAGCUUAGGAUGUGUGCUUCCCCCCGCCCUUUUUUAAAUUACAUACUGAGUAUUUACUGAUCAGUGCUUAGUGAUAGCGAAGAGUUGUUAGUACCUAAGAUUUUAAAUAGUCUUGUUAAAACUUGCAAGUCAAAUAUUGGCUUUGGAGCUUUCUAAAAAUGCCUAACCCUGCAAUCUUUGAAAGUUUUUAUGGGUAUUUGAAGGGAGGGAUCUACUUGUAAUAGCUAUUCUUUUCUCAAAUUUUUGCCUUGUGCUUUGACCUGUAUUACAUUAUUGUCAAUACCAAAAAGAAAAAAGUAAAGCACAGGAGUUUUCCUAUAUUAUAUAUUUCUGUUUACCACUUUAAAAUGAAAUAAAAAACACUUUUCCCAACAA